UGAACCUCAACCAGUAAACAAUCCCGCUCCAAUAAUGGCGUUCAAAUUCGUUCUGCUCGCUACUCUGGUAGCUGCCGCCAGCGCUGGUCUGCUUCCUGUGGCUCAUCAUGGAUCGAUCGCUACGUCGCACUCCACCAUCCAGCACCAUGCUGCUCCCGCUAUCCAUCAUGUCGGAUCGGUCCACGCCACCCCGGCUAUCUACCAGCACUCGGCCCCGGCUAUCUACCAGCAGUCGGCCCCGGCUAUCGUCAAGACCAUUGCUCAGCCCACGAUCAUCAAGUCGGUAGAGCACCACGCUCCGGCCAACUACGAGUUCUCGUACUCCGUCCAUGACGAGCACACCGGAGACAUCAAGAGCCAGCACGAAACUCGCCACGGAGACGAAGUCCACGGACAGUACUCGCUGUUGGACUCCGACGGUCACCAGCGCAUCGUCGACUACCAUGCUGAUCAUCACACCGGAUUCAACGCCGUCGUGCGCCGUGAGCCCUCGGCUUUGAAGAUCGCUCAGCCCGUGCACAAGGUGAUCGCCCAGCCCGUGCAUGUGUCCAGCUAUGCCCAUGCUCCAGUAGCUCACGCCACUGUCCAGCACCACCAUGCUGCCCCGAUCGCGCACUACUCCGCACCGAUCGCGCACUCAACCUCCAGCAUCGUCCAUGGACCGAGCCAUCUGAGCCAUCAUCAUUACUAAGAAUCAUUCUCGUGGUGUAGUAAGGACUUCAGUUACAAAACAGAUAGUUUAUAAAAGCAUAAAUAAAAAGCGAUUAAAAAUUAUA